CCAUGUGGUGAACAUUGAGCUCAGUGUUUCCCCCCCUGCUUCUCUCCUCUCCACACAGGCAAAAUUGUUCUGUGCUGCCGUGGAUGUGAAGAACUCUCCGUGCUGCUUCUCCCCCAGAAACUCCCAGGGCCUUGAAUUUGCAGCCCUCAAAAAAAAACCAAAAAAAAAAUAAAAAUAAAUCCAUCAGGAUCUGGAUGGAAGAUGGAGCAGGGGGUGGAUAGCAGGAGGGAAGAAAGAGUGAAGUUGGUGAUUUUUCUGGCACAUGGAUGCAAUUACACUCGGUGCAUUCCAGAGGCGUUCCUGUGAACGCUCCGCAGGUCUGCCUGCCGUCCUUGGGAGAGAGGAAGAAAAAGGGAGGACAAGUCCCUCGUGCUGCGAGACGGAAUGUCUGCAUUUCCAAUCCUCUUCUUAGCUUCCUGCUCCGUUUGGCUCGGCGAGGCUCAGACCGAGUUCAAGAGGGUGGCGGAGGAGAACGUGACCCUGCCGUGCCACCACCGCCUGGGGCUGCUGGAGCAGGGCGGCCUGGACAUCGAGUGGCUGCUGCACAUCUCCGAGACCGUGCAGAAAGCAGUGAUCACCUACUCCGGGGGCCGGGUUUACGAUGACCUGAACGAGGAGCAGAAGGGCCGUGUGUCCUUCACCUCCAACUUCCUUGCUGGAGAUGCAUCCCUGCAAAUCAUCUCCCUGCAGUCCAGUGAUGCGGGGAAAUACAUCUGCAAGGUCAAGAACGCCGGCCAGUACGAGUGGGCUCUCAUCACCCUCAAGGUCGUGGAGAAGCCCUCCAAGCCCAAGUGCUGGCUGGAGGGGGAGCUGCUGGA